AUGGCAACUACUCCGGCAUUCGACGCAGCUCACCCUUGGGGAGGAAACAGUCGCAACGCCGAAGUCGACGUCAACGCGCAAUAUGCUGGCUUCGAAUUUCACUACGUCUAUCUUGUUUUCUGCGGCUUCAUUGUCUGGCUCAUCAUUCCCGGCAUCGGUCUGCUCUACGGUGGUCUUGCGCGCCGCAAAAGCAGUCUGUCUCUGCUGUUCCAAAGUCUGAUGGUCGCAGCCGUUACGACUUUCCAAUGGAUGUUCUGGGGUUACAGUCUGGCCUACUCUCGUACCGCAGGACCGUUCAUUGGCGACCUUGCGAACUUCGGAAUGAUGAAGGUGCAAGCUGCCCCGAGCCCAGGCAGCCCGUACAUCCCGGAGAUAGUCUUCUGCUUGUAUCAGAUGCUUUUCUGCGCAUGUACAGUACAGAUUGUGGUCGGUGGCUCGUUUGAGCGAGGCAGAAUCGUGCCGUCUCUGGUUUUUGGCUUCUUCUGGGCUACGAUCGUAUACUGUCCGAUUGCUUGCUGGACGUGGAACUCAAACGGUUGGCUCUACCAACUACCAUCUCUCGACUUCGCCGGGGGUGGGCCUGUGCACGUUGCAUCUGGAUGGGCAGCACUUGCGUAUGCUUUCGUACUGGGAAAAAGAAAGCAUGUGGGCGAGAAGAGUCACGCCAAGCCUCACAACACGACGCUCGUGUUCCUAGGUACUAUCCUAAUCUGGUUCGGAUGGUUCGGCUUCAAUGGAGGCUCUGCGCUUAACGCAACCGUCCGCGCGAUGUAUGCUGCUUUCAACACCAACACCGCCGCCAGCACGGGUGCCAUCGGCUGGGUACUCGUCGACUACAUUCGCACAGGCGGACGCUUCAGCGUUGUCGGCGCAUGCGAAGGUGCCAUUGCCGGUCUCGUUGGCAUCACUCCCGCUGCAGGUUACGUUUCCUGCUGGCCUGCCGCGCUUAUCGGCUUCCUUACUGCCGUUGUCUGUGCCUGCCUGCAAGACCUAAAUGACUGGCUGCGUAUCGAUGAGGGCCUCUACGUCUUCAAGCUCCACGGGGUGGGCGGCAUGAUUGGCAGCUUCCUGACUGGCAUCUUCGCCGAUCAAGCCAUCUCGGCCCUGGACGGCGCCACGCUCGCUCCGGGAGGCUGGAACAACAAUGGGGUGCAAGUCGGCAAGCAGUUCGCUGAGAUCACUGCCAUAUCAGCUUAUAGCUUCGUCAUGAGCUGCAUAUUGCUCCUCAUCCUGAAAUACAUCCCUGGAAUGCAACUCCGCGUGAGCGAAGAGGCCGAAAUGAGAGGACUUGACCUUGAUCAAUUCUUCGAUGAGCAGAUAGGUGAGGCAGAUUGGGCUGCCUUCAUGCCGAAGAGCGAGAUCACACAUGGAAUGGCAGAGGAGCGUGCAAGGCAUGACGAUACCGGCAUAGUGAGCAGCGGUACGAGCGUCAAUAGGGAGGCUACAGUGGCGGAAGCGAAAGCGUAG